AUGCUUACCUUCAAGUAUCUGCUUGCUUCCUUGCUCAUUUUGUUGGUUUCCUCACAAACAUGGGGUCAGCAGAGCUAUGGAAAUAGUAACCAAGGAUAUGGGCAACAACAGCAAGGAUUCUCUGGAUUUGGACAAGGAUCGGCAACAAAUCGACAAGGAAUGACUGGACAGGGAUUGCUUGAAUCCAGUUACCAACAAGGUUACGGACAAAAUCAGGGAUCUAUGCAAGGAUAUUCACAGCAAGGAUAUGGUGGAAACAGUCAACAAGAUUAUGGGUAUAGUCAGAGUCAAGGAUCCGGAAUGGGUGUUCAGGGAUAUGGAGGCUCGAGCCAGAGCUACGGUCAGCAGGCAUUUGCUCAGCAACAACGCCCACAACAAGGCUUCCAAUCUAACGGGUUCAGUGGACAACAAGCUUCUGGAAGUAUGAACUCUUUUGGUGGACAAGGAGGAUAUGGUCAAAAUCAGAAUGGAUUUGGAGGGCAAUCCGGAUUCAGUGGACAGUCUGGAUGGGGUUCUAACUCUUUAUCCAGUGCAAACAGCAAUGGAAACAAUAAUCAAGGAUCUUCAAGUGGGUACCAAAACAAUCAGGGAAGACACCAAGGACAGGGCGGCGGGCAUUCUUCCAGUUCCAACUCUGUUAUGUCUAACAAUGGUUAUUCUUCCAACUCGGGGUAUGGAAACAACAAUGGACCAACUCCUUCAUUUCUGAAUAAUGUUAGUUCGUCUGCUGCUCAAGAUUAUUACAACAUUGUAAAUAACAAAUCAUUGACCACCAACCAAAUUAACGAGCAAGCAUCCAAUUGGGCGUCAGCUAACAGUGUUCAAGCCCAAUACAUCCAAUACGAAACAAAUCGUAGUGCUAUUCACACACAAGCUACCCAGAAUGUGUCUGAUAUUAUCAAUAACUUGGCCACAGUUCAAGCAUCGAUUGAGGGAAUUCAGUCAAACACAAGCUCAUCUGAAAAUGACAGGCAAUCUGCAUUCCAGGCAUUGCAACAAGCUCAUCCAAUGGAAUACUCGGUUCUAACUUCGCUUCAAAACCAACACGAGCAAACGCAAUAUGCAAGAAUGGGUAGCAAUGGGAACAGUAAUAGUAACUAUGGAAACUCCAAUUUUAAUUCAAAUUAUGGAAACAAUGGAUAUAACCAUAAUGGAAACAACUACUUUGAAAGUACGACUGCAACUUCUGCUGCAACAAAGAAGAAGACAACAAAGGCGACAUCCGGAUAA